CGCAUGUGGGCCACCCAGAACUCACCCGUUCACAGGCCUCCGCAGAGCGAACCGCGGGAAGAGCAGCCUCCCUCGACUUUGCGCUCCGCCGCUCAGUACUAGCAAGGGCCUGCAGAGCGAUCACGCGCUAGGUGGAGCACUUGCUUCUGACGCGAAGAUCGUUGAUUCGCCUUGGUUAUUCUUCGGGCAACACCGAGGACGGCAAGUGUGAUAGCCGGCGAGUGCUGGGAGUGCUACGGGAGGGACAAGCUUAAGCAUCACCUUGCGCUCCGAGAUCCUUUUGGGUGUCCCCAAACGGGGCCCCGGCAGUACCCAAACCUUUUCCCAGGAAGAGAGUUGGGAUCCGUUUGAAGGAAAGGGCUAAGAGUUUGAGUGACCAAGAAAUUGAUUGGUUCCUGCUGCAGUCGACCCUGACGCUCUUUCUCGGUUACGGAAUUCAUCUGAAGAUGCAAAACGCAAAGUCGAAAUACGCGGGAACAGCCCAUCCAGAAAACGAAAGCGGGCAGUCCAACUCUCCAGGCUUACAAGUUAUUGUCUUGGGCCCGACAGGAGGCCCUCGUGAGGAUAGGGUCACCGGGCUUCUGGUCCGAUCCACGUCAACCAAAUGGUCGUCAAAUUCAGUGGUUGCCGUGGAUGCAGGUACCCUUCUGUGCGGAAUCAUCCACACACUGGAGCCAUGUGAUAAUAACCAGGAGGUGUCAACCCAGGGCCCAUUUGCUGGUCUUCAGCUACCUCACAACAAUGCCCCGGCAAAUGCCACGCACGUUUUCCGGAACAUCAUUGGGGCUGUUCUCAUAACUCACCCUCAUCUUGACCAUCUUUCGGCGUUUGCCAUAAACACGCCGGUUCUAGAGGCAGGAAGUGGAGCCAAGGCCCUGGCUGCGUUGCCGUCUGUAGUGGCGGCAAUCAAAACUCAUGUGUUCAACGAUGUGAUCUGGCCUAAUCUAUCUGACGAAGAUGGCGGGGCGGGCCUCGUUACUUACCAGCGUCUGGUAGAGGGUGGUAAUCCUAUGAUGGGCCGCGGCGAUGAGAAAGGAUAUACGCGGGUCUGCGAGGGCUUGUUGGCCAUGUGUCUCGGCGUCAGUCAUGGGCAUUGCAAACAGCGGUUCAUCGCUGAGAAUGACAUUCAACGCCGGAUGAGCAGCGUUACAUAUGGGAGUUAUCCUCACUCCUUUGAAGAACAAGCGGGAACAGGGAUUGUCUCUCCAGAGCUCUCUCCGGGUCUUCGCGUUCCUGGGAAAGAAGGAUGGGCCACGGUCGAGAGUUCUGCCUUCUUCAUCCGUGACCCUGCGACGAAGAAGGAGGUCAUCAUCUUCGGUGAUGUCGAGCCCGACUUUGUCUCGUUCGAUCCGCGCAACUCACGUGUUUGGGAGGCCGCAGCCCCAAAGAUUGUUACCUCCCAACUGCGAGCAAUCUUCAUCGAAUGUUCAUAUAAUGACGAUGUUGAAGACGCCUCGCUAUACGGCCAUCUUUGUCCUCGCCAUCUGAUCGGGGAACUAGUUCAAUUGGCCGAGAAAGUGAACGAGCUUAAAUACCCAGAAUCAUCAAUGGCUCACAAGCGCAAGCGUGCCAGUGCCCCUGAGGUGCUCACAGAACCAGCGCUGAGUCCCCGAUCGAAGAAAGUCGCCCUAGCCGGUGAAAAUGGGGUGCAGCGUCGAGGAACUGCUCGAACGAAACGCCGUCACACCCGUGCACGACUUGCCCUAGAAGACCCAGACGAAGAUCCAGAAAGAGCAAGCCCAAGUCCUUUCCGCGCUCCCGAUGACGUUGGCAUUGAUUUGGCACUUGCUGAAAGCUCGGACCCUCUUACGACACUUCAAUGGCCGGAGCCACCUUUGGCUGGGCUGUUGGUCUAUAUCAUACACAUCAAGGAGAACAUGUGUGACGGUCCACCCGCGGGAGAGCGCAUAUUGCGGGAACUCCAGGCUCAGGGGAAAGCUGCUGGGUUGGGAUGUGAAUUUCACGUUCCCACGCGUGGUGAAAGUAUCUUCGUCUGAAGUGCGAGAUCGCCGCUGCUUAAGUUAUUCAUUGAGCUAUCCAUGCCCGAGUGCCUGACUAUCCCAUCGUCAAUGUUCUUUUUUUUUUUUUUUUGACUGGGGACAAUCUGGGCAAAUAUCUGAAAUGCCUCCAUUAUUAUGGAUUGUCACCGGGCUUCUAACGCAGUUAUGCCAGCUAUGUCAGUUUUCUCUUGUUAUUUCUUGAAAUAUGCGCUUUGUCAGUCUGGUCUUUGGAAACAGGCGCAUUGCAUCUUUACUGCACUUAAUGCAGUGGCGGAGUUUUGCCGGUUAAUUGUCCAUGCAGCACUCUAGAACGCGUUGCUUUCAGCCCGUGAUUUGAUAUCUGUACAUCUUUUGAGGUUUUGAAUAGAAAUGAACUAGACGGGCUUUAAUUUGUAUCUGGAAAACUAGCAGGGGAG